GUCGUAUAACUGGUAUAUAGAAAACACAGAAGACUGAGGGAAAAAUAAAACCCAAUAUGGCGCACGGGGGCUACGACAAGCGCGGCGCCGCCGCCGAGCGGAAGAAGUCGGCAGGGAACCGGCGGACCAAAACCCUAGCCAUCGACAAGAAAUCCAAGCCCCAAAAAUCCAAAGCCGUUUCUCUCAAAAACCAAAUACGCUCCACUGAACGCAUGCUGCUCCGCAAAGAAUUGCCGAAAGAAGUAAAGGAAGCGCUAACAACGAAGUUGGAAGGACUCAAGAAACAGCAAGAGACUCAAAAUCGUGUGGCUGUUGAGCGAAAAAUAUUUCUCCGGACCAAAAAGAUUAGAUUUUUCGAGAGAAGUAAGAUCGAGCGGAAGAUAAAACGGUUGGAAAAGCAGCAGCUCACUUCAACUGGUGAGGCCCAAGAAGCGGAAAUUGCUGAUCAGCUCUCGAAACUGAAAGAAGAUCUUGAAUAUGUUAAGUUCUUCCCAAAAACUGAGAAAUACGUUUCGUUAUUUCUGGGAGGCGACAAGACUGAAAUUGUCGAGAAGAGAAAUAACUUGCGGAAGCAAAUUAAAGCAAAUAUGGUCGCUGCUGCAGCAAGUGGGAAGGAGUUGGAAGAAACAGGAAAUGAGGAUGAUGUGAUCUUGAAUCAUAGUGACGAUGAUUUUUUCUUAAACGAGAGCUCCAGCGAUGAAGCUGAGGCUGACGAUGAGGUGACAGACAAAAGUACAAGGGAGCAAGUCUCCAGUACCUCGGGUAAAACGCCACCUGCAAUUCAGAGAAAGAUUACAGCUCGUGCUCCAAUGCCACCUCCCGUUCCAUCUCGCAAGCCGUUUUCAAGUUCGUUCAAACACAAAUCAAGAUUUGCAGCAUCUUCAGACAAGAAGUCAUCAUAUAAUAGAGCUGAAAAAACAUCCCCAUUCACCAAUACAUCCACUAGCAAUGGUCAAUCUUCCUUCAAAAAGAGAGGCCAUGUAGAUUUGACCAUCGGAAACAACAGUAACCCGAAGCGGGUCCCGCUGGAUUUGACAACCGAAAAGAGCAGUAACCGAAAGUGGGUCCCACCGGAUUUGACCACCGAAAAGAGCGGCAACUUAAAAAGAUUUCCGGUGGAUAUGACCACCGAAAAGAGUGGUAACCUAAAAAGAUUCCCGGUCGAUUUGCCCAUCGGAAAUAGCAGUAACCUAAAAAGAUUCCCGGUCGAUUUGCCCAUCGGAAAUAGCAGUAACCUAAGUUCCAACGCAGAUGUCAGAAAACCUCGAAGAAAGAGGAGGCCCAAGAAGAAAAAGCAACAGUAGUUGGCUGUGUAAUAUUCGACAAAUUUUGUUUUGACAUUGGCAUUUCUUUUAUGUAUGUUAUUUAUCAGUUUCAGUUAUUAGUUCUUUCUUACAUUCAAAUCUUAAACUAGUAAUAUUCUAUCAUCAAGGUACCGCAUUCAUGUGAACAUUGGGUUGUAUUGUUUGAAAUUACUGAUAUUGUCUGAGUUGAAAAGAAAUCAGGCACACUUUUUUUUAGGCCUUCA